AUGGAGCUCUCCGACGCCUUCCGCAUCGUCAACCUUGUCACCGCGACCGUUAUGGUCCUGGGUGGUAUCGCCCAAUUCUUCGACUUCUCCUUCCAGGGAAUCAUUGUUGGCGCCUACGUCAUUAUCUUCGGUCUCUGCACCGCUCUUCUUGAGUUCCAGAUUCCUCCCCAGGUGUCCCGCUACGCCUCCUUCCUCUUCUCCUUCAUCGGCCGUGGAAUCUUCUACAUCUUCAUCGGCUCCAUCCUCAUCAACAACGGCAUCUUCAAGAUCCUCGCCGGCUCCAUCAUCGGCAUUAUCGGCGUCGCCUACGCCGCCCUCGAGUUCGUCCCCCAGAUCGAGCCGCCAGCCAACAUGCGCGAGGCCGACGGCGGCUGGGGAGCAGAGCAGGUGUAA